AUGGCUUCUGCUGUUCCCGCCCAAACCAUCGACGCCGAUGAACUUCUGUUAUGCUCGAUUCUCCACCGAACCGACUUCGCUUUGCAGACAAACGCCAAUCCUAACGUAUGGGCGGAGGAAAUCACCUCCAUGCUUCACUCCUCCGCCGUCACUCUCCCCUCCGUCGAGCUUGCUCGCCGUCUAGUUUCUCAUUUCUUUUGGAACUGUCACGGUCCUACCGCUUGGAAGAUUCUUGAUGUUGCUGCCUCCCGCAAUAUCAUCCCUCCCUUGCUCCUCCUUGCUCUUCUCUCCACCAGGAUUGUUUAUUGUAGGAGACUUCAACCGAUAGCUUACAAACUUUACUUGGAACUCGUUAAGCUACAUGCGUUUACGCUUGAAACUCAUUUCAAUUCUCCUAACAACCAAAUGAUUAUGGAAUCAAUUGAUGAUGUUCUUAAGCUUUCUCAAAUAUACGGUCAAAAGGAUUGUGAACCAGGAGUUGUUCUUGUGGAAUUUGUCUUCUCAAUUUUAUCGCAGUUGCUUGAAGCAUCUUUAGAUGAUGAAAGGUUAUUAUAUAAUAUUCCAGAGAUUAAGCCAAGAUGGCUAAGCAACUCACAUGAUAUGGAUAUUGAUGUGCCUGACUGCAACAAUAGAAUGCAUCGUGAGCAGAAGGAGUGGUUGCUGAGGGAAAAUACAAAGUUGGCUAUUGAGAUCAUUGUAGAAUUUUUGCAGAAUAAAAUGACAUCAAGGCUUCUUUCCUUAGUUCAUCGAAACAUGCCAUUACACUGGGGAUCUUUCAAUUACCAAAUGCAGUUGCUUGCAUCAAACUCUUCACUUUUGAGGAAUUUGAAACAUAAUGCAAACACCCUUUUAUCUUUAAUGGAAAAUAUCCGUGUGGGUGUAUCUCAUGAACGCAAUACAAAAUCUAAGCUGGAGUCUAAUGUAGUAGUCACACCUACUGAUCAAUCUUAUGGUAGUAGUUGGUCUUCACUCUGGCUUCCUAUUGAUCUUUUACUUGAAGAUGCUUUGGAUGGAGGGCAAGUAGCAGCUUUUAGUGCUAUUGAAAUUAUUACUGGUUUGGUAAAGCUUUUACAUUCAGUAAAUGGCUCUAAGUGGCAAAAUACAUUUUUGGGUUUAUGGACUGCAGCACUACGGUUGGUUCAAAGGGAAAGGGAUUCAAAAGCAGGCCCUAUACCUCGUCUUGAUACCUGCAUGUGUUUGCUGUUGAGCAUUACAACCCAUGUGGUUGCAAAUAUUGUUGAAGAAGAAGAAAGUGAGUUGAUUGAAGAAGCUGAACGCGGCCCUUCAAAUCAAGGAAAAAGUAAACAGGUUCUGGGGAAGCGUCGUGGGGAAUUGAUUACUAGUUUGCUGUUAUUGGGUAAUUCUCAGUGUUUGCUUAUUCCACCUCAAACUGUUCUCAUGGAAGCCAAUCAAGCUGCUGCCAAGGCUACUAAGUUUGUAUCACGAAACCCUGUGGGUAGUGGGUACGUAGAAUCAUUGACCAUGGAUGACUUGCCUACGAACUGCUCUGGCAACUUACUGCAUCUAAUUGUUGAGGCAUGUAUUGCAAGAAAUAUACUCGACACAUCAGCAUAUUUUUGGCCUGGCUAUGUGAAGCCCCGCAGCAAUCAAAUUCCUUCCAGCAUUUCUAACCAUGUGGAUGGCUGGUCUUCGUUGAUGAAGGGAUCACAGUUAACUCCUGGAUUAGUUGAUGUCUUAGUUGCAACUCCUGCUUCCAGGUAG